AUGAAAGCCAUUUGUGCGACCGUUUAUGCUGUGAAGAUUUUGGAGUUCUUCCCCUGGAUGGACGAUGUGUUUAAGCUGAUGUAUUUGAAUAGGUCUUGGAAGCGAGUCAUUCUGGACGUAAUAAACAACACGAAUUUCCUCAGGGGGAAAAAAAUAAUGCGGCUCAAAAAUAGGAAGAGCAUUUUCCUCAUUCUUAAGUACAUGAGGGGGGUCGCCUCGGUUGGGGGCGAAUUGAGCGAUGAACUCAUUAUUGGCUCGGGUAACCCUAACCCUCUGUUUUUCAACUACAUCCAGAAUAGCUUCCCCCGGCUGAUGUGCUUUAAGCUAAUCAUCACCUCCCCCGUGUGCAUCCCGCUGCUAAAAAACUUCUGUUUCAAUUCGAAGAAUCUGAGGUACAUAAUCAUCUGCAUCGUGAAUCGGCAGUUGGUCACGGAUUAUCGCGAGAAGUUGGAGAAGAAUCUGAGUAACUUCUUUCGCCAGUGGGGAAUAAACGUGACGCUCAUAACGGAGCUGGGCGCGUAG